UGAAGAAGCUCUAUUUAAACAAAUCGACUGCUAGAGAGGGAGAUUUCAAACAACGCAGCACUCUUUUGCUCAUUGUGCAAGAAAUAAUAUUCGUUGUUAUCUACGAAAGCAUUUGAUUGUGACGAUACUAACAAUGGCAUUGAUAGGAGGAGCGGGUUUGUCAGUAACAUUUUGGACGCUGUGUGAUUCUGUUAAGCAAGUGAAGGAGCAGUUCAAACCCCAACUCGGGGAUAUCAAAUCCACUCUGGACUCUUUGGAACCACUGAUCAAAGAGAUGGCAGAGUGUGAGAAGGAAUUGGGUGGUCAAGGGGAGGAACUAGAGAAUCUUAGAGUGGAAAUGGGGGAAGGAGUGGAGCUUAUUCGCAAGUGCUCGAAAGCGAGCAGGCUCAAGCAGUAUAAGUAUGGCAGCCGGCUUGUUAAAUUGAGCAAGUCACUUCAAAGAUUGUUGGGGAUACUCAAAGUGCAGGGAAUAAGGGAUGUGAAGAAGGCAUUGGUUUCAGUGAGGAACAUUGAGAAUGUCGUGCAGAGAAUUGAAGGGAAUUGUGUGAUACAGAACAAUCAGUCUGAAAAAAUUCAAGGGUGGUGUGCUGUGCCUGAGCCUCCAACAAUUACGGUUGGAUUGGAUGUGCCUUUGUGGGAAUUGAAGAAGAAACUCUUUACUGACGGAGUUUCGAUGGUGAUAAUUACUGCUCCUGGAGGAUGUGGAAAAACUACACUGGCAACAAAGUUGUGCCAAGAUGCAGAGGUCAAAGAUAAAUUCAAGAGCAACGUCUUCUUUGUUACUGUUUCCAAGAAGCCCAACUUAUACCUAAUUGUACAAGAGCUGUAUCAUGGAACGGGUGGCCAGGUCCCCGAUUUCCAAAAUGAAGCAACUGCAGUUAGCUGGCUGCAGCAAUUUCUGAAGCAAACAGGACAAAAUCCUAUGUUGUUGGUCCUAGAUGAUGUCUGGGCAGGAUCGGAAUUCAUUCUUGAGAAGUUUGAUGAAUUAAAGAUGUCAGAUUGCAAGAUAUUGGUAACAUCAUGGUCUGCUUUUCCAAGAUUUGGUUCUCCAUAUUAUCUAGAAUGUUUGAACGAUGAAGAUGCAAUGGCACUUUUUCACCAUGCAGCAUCCUUAGGAGAUAGGAGCUCUUAUAUUUCAGAAGAUCUUUCACGAAAGAUAGUAGAACGUUGUAUGAGAUUUCCACUUGCAAUUACAGUUGUUGGAAGAUCACUAUGCGGGCAGCCAAUAGAGAUUUGGCAAAAAAGAGUAUUGGAAUGGUCUAGAGGUUCUUCUGUUCUUGAGUCUGAACAUGAUUUGCUUGAUUACCUCCAGAGUAGCUUAGAUGCUUUGGAUGGAGAGAAGUCUCUUAUCAGGGAAUGCUUCCUAGACCUUGGUUUAUUUCCCGAAGAUCAAAGAAUCUCUGCUACUGUCCUCAUCGAUAUGUGGGCAGAGUUAUAUGGCAUAGAAGACAUUUCGUCCAUUGUGAAUCUCUAUGAACUCGCCUCUCGGAGUUUGGCUAAUCUGGUAGACACAAGGAACGACAAUAAGGAUGGCGAUGGCUAUUACACUGAACACUUUGUUACACAGCUUGACAUGCUUAGGGAGUUGGCUAUCCAACAGAUUAGUCGGGAACCACUACAACAGAGAAUGAGACUUAAGAUUGACAUAAGUGGAGACAACUUUCCUAUGUGGUGGAAAGAACAAAAGUAUCAAUACCUCAUCACUCGCGUUGUAUCUAUCUCGACAGACGAAGAGUUUUCAUCUAAAUGGCAAAACUUGCAACUACCAGAAGCAGAGGUUUUGAUUUUGAACUUUCAGACCAAGUAUUAUGCCUUACCUGAGUUUGUGGAGAAAAUGAAUAAACUGAAGACUCUAGCACUCACAAGUUCGGGUACCAGUCCUGCUGAGUUGAAUAACUUUCAACUAGUUGAUUCAAAACCAAAUUUAAAGAGAAUCAGAUUAGAACGAAUUUCAUUUCCUUCGAUAAGCAGGUAUCCUAUACAGUUGAAAAGUUUGAAAAAGAUUUCUCUAUUCAUGUGUAGCAUCGGCCAAGGUUUUGGUAACGGUUACAUACAUAUAUCAGAGGCGUUUCCAAAUCUUGUUGAAAUGAAUAUUGAUUACUGCAAUGAUUUGGUGGAGCUGCCUGCCGAUCUCUGUGACCUUAUUCAAUUGAAGAAACUCAGUGUCACCAAUUCUCAUAAGCUCUCCGUCUUACCUGAAGACAUUGGAAAUCUAGUAAAUUUAGAGCUGCUGAGGCUUAGGUGUUGUACAGACUUGUCAGAGUUACCCGGCUCGAUUAGGAACCUCAAGAACUUAAACUUGCUUGACAUAUCGAAUUGCUUUAGCCUUAAGGAAUUGCCUGAAGACAUUGGAGAAAUGUGCAGUUUAGAGAAGCUCAACAUGAGACAGUGCUCGAGAUUGAAUGAGUUGCCUCCAUCAGUUGUGGAUCUUGAAAAGUUAAUGGAAGUGACAUGUGAUGAAGAGACAGAAAUCUUAUGGGAGCCCUUCUUACCGUAUCUCAGGAACAUACACAUAAAGGUUGUGAAAGAAGAUAUGAACCUGAAUUGGCUCCACGAGUCUCAUUUCUGAGACCUUUCUUUCCUCAAAUUAACAAAUGUUGCAGCAAUGCUGGGGAGAGGAUGACGAGAGGAAAAUGGAUUUGGGAAUCUAGGACGGGUGUUUGAGCGAGCUUUGGUAAAACGAAUCUGAUUUCUGGGUCUGUUGGUGGUGGCUGCAAAGGCUUGGGCCUGUGGCAGGGGUUGAACAAGAGGUUGUUGGGCCGCCUGGUGUUCCAGCUCGAUUUCCUGACUUAGUAAGAGUCCGUGAAGCUCAUCAGGAGUGACUGGCUCGGAUAUGACGCGAAUAGAGGUUUUGAAUGACUCAUAAUCAGGUGUGAGUCUGUGAAGGAUAUGAGCAACGAGAUCAGUAUCCUCCAAGAGUUUGCCGGCAGCAGCAUGAGCGUAAGAAACAGCUUUGAUUUGUUGAAGAAAUUCGGAGAUGGAUAGAGAGCCCUUGCGAAUAGUUUGGAUCCGGCGCUUGAGUUGAAGUACAGCACAUGAGAGCGCGUCACAGCAGCAAAACGGCGUUCAAGAAUCAGCCAGAGAGAGCAGGCAGUGGUGGCACCAACCGUGAAAGGAAGGAUGGGUUCGGAGACGGAAGUUGUGAGCCAAAGUCUGCAGGUACAAUCCUUUUUCAACCAAAUAGGGUAGGCUGGAUUGGCUUGAGUGCCAAUGAAAACUGGAGGAGAAGCUUCAGAUCCAUCCACAAGGCUAUACAUGCCCUAGUUUUGAAGAACCAAAGUGGUGAUAUCCUUCCAAAGAAGAUAAUUGUCUUUGGUGAGUUUGAGAGGGAUGAGGCUAGCAACAUGAUUGGGAACAAUUUCUGGAGAAAGAAGAGAAGGCCCAGUGGAAGAAGGUGGAACAGAAGAGUUGGUGGGAGGAGUAGAAUUGGUUUCGAGUGAUGAGGAGCUUUUAAUUAAGCUUGAAGCUCUGAUACCAAGAAGAAAUUUGACAAGACAGAGACUUUGAAAACAGAGAAGAUAAAGGUAAUAACUCUUGUAUAUUUGCUUGAUGUGUUCAUCUACAGUAGGAUGAUAUUUAUACAACAAAGUGAUGAAGACUUAGCUACUACUAGACAAUAGAUCACAUGUGUUAUAUGAAGGAGUUGUCUUUUGUACAAUUGAAGUGUGUGGUUUGGGUGAAGUCUGGACCUGAUAUAUAGCAAACAAACUGGUUUCUUGUACUAUUGAGUUGGUGCACGAGUUGUCUCCUCUUGUGGGGAAGAAUUCCAGAUGGUUCUUUUGGGUAAGGAUUGCCUAUGUGCAUCCUCAUUACUGAUGCUACUGCCAUGGUCACCUUGCUGUGGCAUUAUAGUGUUAUUAACACCUAAAAUAGGUGUAUAAAUAAA